AUGAUGCGGAGAAUCGCGGCUACAUCCCCACAAGACAGGAUGCCUCUCCUUCUGACCCUCCUCAUGGUAGCGACCGCCCAGGCGAACACACCGGGCCGGUGGGACUGGCAUAGGAGUGGUGUAAGAAAUAAAGCAGCCGUGACAAGUUCGCCAUUCGGAGGCUCCUCACUUGGCCGCCUCACUACAGCCGACGCUGACAUGAUAUCAAAUGAACCACCUCAGUCACCCUAUUUUUCUGACUGGAACCGUCUAGUGAGUGGCUACGGAUCUCAACGGUGCUACAAGAUCCCAAGGGAAAUGAAGCUAUGCAACAACAUCGGCUACGACCUCAUGGUACUGCCGAAUAGUCUUGAGCACGAGACCAUGGAUGAGGUGAUUACCCAAUCGGAAGUGUGGAUGACGUUAGUUAAGCUAGGUUGUCAUGACGAAUUGGAGCGGUUUUUGUGUUCGCUGUACGCACCUGUCUGUAUAAGGGGGUAUCAUGAGAAACUCAUUCAACCCUGCCGGGAGCUGUGUGAGAGUGUGAGAGCCGCGUGCCUACCCACGAUGACCACUUUCGGUCUGGGAUGGCCGGACAUUGUCAAGUGCUCCAAGUUCCCACAAUCUCCUCAGGAGCUAUGCAUCCCACCUAACAAGCCAAAAAGUAAGGGCAUGCUUUUGACCUUAAUCGACAAAACAAUUGUUUUGAAGCCAGACCUUGGGUAUGGUGAGUCCCAUGAGCCCUCCGCACCGACCGGCCAGCCAGGAAGCUGGCACCAGCGAUGCGUGGUUAUGUGCAUACACAGGUAUCCAAUUGUAAUCAAUUUUCCAUAUUUUGCAGAAACACGCUGCUCAGGAUGCGUUGAUAAACCAACCUACGAAAGCGCAAUCGGUAGCUUCUGCAUAGCCGAUGUUGUAAUUCGAGCUAAAGUACUGGAUGUCAAGCCUGCGUCAUCCCCAGGUAGUCGGAACACAACUUUUAGGAUCCGAACCAAUGGUAGAAUGGGUGUCUUCAAACUGCCGAAGGCAGUCAGCUCACCGGCGAAUUUGGACUUCCAGAUGACCUGCGACUGUCCCAUUGUCAGGGCAGCCGUGACACGUCCAAAGGGACCUGGACGAUGGCUUCUGAUGGGCAAACUACACGACAACAGGCGAACUCUACUGAUCCAGCAUAUAUCCCAACCUUCUUGGCAGAAUACAGAAAUUAAACGCGCCAUUCGGGACAUCAUUCGUCGCCCUGAAUCCCUUUGCAAAGUGGAUUUAAUGCAGCCUUCUGCAAUCCAUCAGAGUGUUGCGAUCUACGGAUCCCCCUCUAAGACUAUGCAAUACUCUCGUCCACGACAUCGUUAUCCUGGGAAAAAUGAUUCCAACCAGAGCCCUGAAAAGCGGAAAAGACGACGUCAUUUGCGUCGCAGACAAACACAAAGACGAAAUCAUUCUAAGGCGUCACCACUUGAUACCAAACACCCUAGUGUUGGACCUUCCAAUGCCCUACAUCAGUCCAUGAAUAGCAUUCACGUCACUACAUCAACACCGCAUCCUUAUCACCGGCAGCAAAAGGGCCAUUCUCCUCACAUGCAAUGA